AUGUACCGCAGCACACGAUCGACCAAGCAGUCGUCCAAACUCAAGAUCCUCCCCGAAGAGCCCGAGGACAGCGCUGCCGGCGCUGCCGGUGGAACUAGCGGAGGCAACACCCCUAAUACCGCUUCCUCUCCAGUCAUCGGGAGCAGCGUCGACGGAGGUCCAUCCACCACUGCAUCAGGAGGCUAUCGACGCAAUCCGGCCUACUCUGAGCCACCUGGACCUACCACCACCGCCGCCGCUGUUGCUGCGACAAACUCAGUCGACGACGACGACAGCUCCUCCGACGAUGCAGGUGAAGGCGAGGAUGAGGAGGCGGUCGAGGUGUACAAGCAGCUGGAUCAGAUUCCGGAAGGAUCGAUGAGGAGGGAUGCCAGGAGGUUGACAAAGAGAUCGCGCGCAAAGCUGCCGAGGGUGACGGCGUAUUCGACGGCGACAUCGUACAGGAUGAGGGAGUUGACAAAGUGGUUGAACGCGAGGAGGUCGAGUCACCAGACCAAUGUGUUGACUUUCGACGAGUGUGUCUACACUACAUAUACCUACAAGCACGUCGACGAGGCGAGAGGGCUGCUACCCUCGAACGCGAAUGGGAACAGCAAUGGCAAGCACAGGUCACAUCGGGACUCUACACCUGCCACGAAAACAGCUGAUCUCCUUGGCAUCCCUGAACUGAAUUCGAACUCACAAUCAAACCCACAAGAGGACGGCAAUGGGCAGAACUCUACUACCACCGACUCGGCGGCCAAACGCAAACGCUCCCGAUUCUCGGUCGACGACAUUGUCCCCGAACUCUUCAUCAUGGACUAUGGUACUAUCGUCAUCUGGGGCAUGACGCUACCCGAGGAGAAGCGCUUCCUGCGCGAACUGCGUCGUUUCGAAGUGGAACGUCUCGCCUCGGAAGACGUCGAGUCCGAAGACCUGCACUGGUACCUCGCCGACUACUCGCGCAUCUACAACGACGUCAUCACCCUCCGUCGCGGGUCCUCGUACAUGACCAAGCUCUCUCUCUCGCACGCCCUCGCCCAGUCCACCAAGAUCUCCUUCUUUGAGGGGAUUAUCGACAACACGAUCGAAUCCACCAAAGACAUCCCGCAGUCGAUCGCCGAAUCCGGCAAGAUCGGCAUGCCGCCCGCCGAGAUCAUGAAGCAGAUCGGUCACCUCUUCAUCCUGCGCAUGAACAUCCAUCUGGUCGGCAGCAUCGUCGACUCCCCCGAGAUCUUCUGGAGGCAGCCCGAUCUUGAACCGCUCUACAGCGCUGCCAGGAGCUACCUCGAGAUUCCGCAGCGCAUCGAUUUGCUGAAUACGAGGGUCGAGGUGCUGCAGGACAUGCUGCAGCUGUUGAAGGAUCAGGUGACCAGCAGUCACAGCGAGUAUUUGGAGAUCGUCGUGAUCCUGUUGAUCAUGUUGGAGAUCGUGCUGGGUGUGGCGACGAUGCUGGUGGAUUUGUACUUUGGGUAG